AUGUCGAUGUCGGGCAUGGAUAUGGGCACUGCGACGAGCACGGGCGUGAUGCCCUCGGGUACUGCGAGCAUGGACAUGGGCGGGAUGGGCGGGAUGGAUAUGGGUGGCGGCGGUGGGAGCGCGUGCAAGAUCAGCAUGUUGUGGAACUGGUACACCGUCGAUACCUGCUUCCUCUCUGAAACUUGGCACAACACUUCCAAAGGCAUGUUUGCCGGCUCAUGCAUCGGCGUCAUUUGUCUCGUCCUCAUACUUGAGUUUCUUCGACGGGCUGGCAAAGAGUACGACCGCUACAUCCUUGCGCAACACACUCGUUCGCUCGCAGAAGCUAGCCCCGUCCCAGACUCAUCGUCUUCCGACGCCGUGAAUAAGAACCCGGCAAGUUCUACGACGAGGACUGUUCCCCCGCGCUCGUUCCGCCCCACGAUACUACAACAGGCCAUCCGCGCCUUACUGCACAUGUUGCAGUUUGCGGUAGCGUACUUCGUCAUGUUGUUAGCUAUGUACUACAACGGAUACAUCAUCAUCUGUAUCUUCAUUGGAGCGUUCCUCGGAUUCUUCGUCUUCGGCUGGGAGUCGUUCAACGUGUCGCAGGGUGGUAAAGACCGAAUGCAAGAGGAAGUAACGGUAUGCUGCGGCUAG